CGGAGAUCUGACGCAAGGAAGAGCACAGGCUAAGCUCCAUGUCUACAUGUGAAGCCCACAACGCUUCAGCUGUUAUAAAUUGGCUUAUGGUAAUGGAAUGGGCGACCUUGUUGCUGUUGAUAUGCAGCACUGUAGCAGUAAUAAGAGUCGGGCUGCCCACCUUGAGUCUCAGCAUCUCCAGCUCCACCACUACGCUACAGACAACCCUGAGCAUGCCCAGUGGGUCCCCUUAAAUCCAUCUUGAUAAGAACGGAUUGACCAACGGAAUCCAUAACCCAGAAUCAACGAGUUCAGAAGCUCAUUUACGCCUAUAAACACGUUCUACAACCCUUCAAAUCUUUUCAAAAAUUUUAUCGACACACUCGACCAAACCUCUCUCAGAUGGGUUGCUCGGAAAGGAUAGACGCGGUUGGUAACCGUUCUCGUCCGCUUCAAUCAAUGCAUCGGUGAUUGUUGCUUACGGUUUUGCUGAGCUGUUGAAGCUGUUUCUUUAUCAGGCGGAGACGAUUUUUAGCUGUGACCUGUGGGUUUCUCUGUCUGCAAGUCGAAGUUGGUGCAGUAUUAAAUUAUUCGCAAGAGGCUCGAGGUCGAUUAUUGGUACACCGUACACGAAUUAACAGAGGAAGAUAAAAUACAAGACAAAAGGUUCUCAGCAUGAUAGUGCAUUCCCUAGAGGCUACAAAGGUUUUCAGUUCUUAAUACAAAUUAUGACAUCUCAGAGAAUGUUAAGUUCAUGUAAAGAGGGGUUGCUGCUGUUUUGAUACAGAAGGCAUCUUCUUCUUCUUGAACUAGAGGACCUUGGGUUUCAUUUUGUUUUCAUUUUCUUCUUUUCCUAGUUUGGGUGAGAAUGUCUUCUUCAAGACCCAAUCACUCUGCCAAUAACUCUAGUAGAUCAAAGCACAGUGCUAGGAUUAUUGCACAGACUACUGUAGAUGCAAAACUUCAUGCUGACUUUGAGGAAUCAGGAGAUUCAUUUGACUAUUCAACCUCAGUACGCAUAACCAACUCAGGAUCUGGCAAUCAACAACCUAGGUCCGAUAGAGUAACCACAGCAUACCUCCAUCACAUACAGAAAGGCAAGCUGAUCCAGCCAUUUGGAUGCUUGUUAGCAUUAGAUGAAAAGACUUUUAAGGUCAUUGCCUACAGCGAGAAUGCCCCAGAGAUGCUAACCAUGGUUAGUCAUGCAGUUCCCAGCAUGGGGGACCACCCAGUUCUUGGCAUUGGCACUGAUGUAAGGUCUAUCUUUACUACCCCCAGUGCAUCUGCAUUGCAGAAGGCUCUAGGAUUUGGAGACGUUUCUCUAUUGAAUCCCAUCUUAGUCCACUGCAAAACAUCAGGGAAGCCCUUCUAUGCAAUUGCCCAUAGGGUAACUGGUAGUUUGAUCAUUGAUUUUGAACCUGUGAAGCCUUAUGAAGUACCUAUGACUGCUGCCGGAGCCCUCCAAUCGUACAAGCUCGCUGCCAAGGCAAUUGCAAGGCUGCAGGCAUUGCCCAGUGGUUGUAUGGAUCGGCUGUGUGAUACAGUUGUCCAAGAGGUUUUUGAGCUCACAGGCUAUGAUAGGGUGAUGGCCUAUAAAUUUCAUGAGGAUGACCAUGGGGAGGUUGUUUCUGAGAUCACAAAACCAGGACUUGAGCCCUACUUGGGCCUGCAUUAUCCAGCCACAGACAUCCCCCAGGCAGCAAGGUUCUUAUUCAUGAAGAACAAGGUCCGUAUGAUUUGUGAUUGCCGUGCAAAGCAUGUGAAAGUUCUUCAAGAUGAAAAGCUUCCAUUUGAUCUGACCUUAUGUGGGUCAACCUUGAGAGCCCCACAUAGCUGCCACUUGCAAUAUAUGGAGAAUAUGGAUUCAAUUGCUUCUCUGGUUAUGGCAGUGGUUGUCAAUGAAGGGGAUGAAGAAGGUGAGGCCUCUGGUUCCUCACAGCAACAAAAGCGAAAGAGGCUUUGGGGUCUUGUGGUCUGCCAUAACACAACUCCAAGGUUUGUACCUUUUCCUCUACGGUAUGCCUGUGAGUUUCUAAUCCAAGUCUUUGCCAUCCAUGUUAAUAAGGAGAUUGAAUUAGAAAACCAGAUUCUUGAGAAGAACAUUCUACGUACUCAAACACUUCUGUGUGAUAUGCUGAUGCGAGAUGCACCUCUAGGUAUUAUAUCACAAAGCCCUAAUGUAAUGGAUCUUGUAAAAUGUGAUGGAGCUGCCCUUUUGUACAAAAAUAAGAUCUGGCAGCUAGGAACAACUCCGACUGAAUUCCAAAUACAUGAUAUAGCAUCAUGGCUCUCUGAGUAUCACAUGGAUUCAACAGGUUUGAGUACAGACAGCCUCUAUGACGCAGGAUUUCCUGGGGCUCUUUCUCUUGGUGAUGCAGUAUGUGGGAUGGCAGCUGUGAGGAUAACAUCAAAGGACAUGCUUUUCUGGUUCCGUUCUCAUACUGCUGCUGAGGUUCGUUGGGGAGGAGCAAAGCAUGACCCUGAUGAGAAGGAUGAUGGAAGGAGGAUGCACCCACGAUCAUCAUUCAAGGCAUUCCUUGAAGUUGUCAAGACUAGGAGUUUGCCUUGGAAGGAUUAUGAGAUGGAUGCUAUCCACUCUUUACAGCUUAUCCUCAGGAAUGCUUUCAAAGACUAUGAAACUGCAGAUCAGACCACCUCUGCAAUCCACUCAAGACUCAAUGACCUCAAGAUAGAAGGUAUGGAGGAACUUGAAGCAGUGACAAAUGAGAUGGUCCGUUUGAUUGAGACAGCUACCGUGCCAAUAUUGGCAGUUGAUGUUGAUGGACUCGUGAACGGAUGGAAUACAAAAAUUGCUGAGCUAACUGGUCUGCCUGUUGAUCUGGCAAUUGGGAAGCAUUUGCUCACACUUGUGGAAGAUUCUUCAGCUAAUACUGUAAAACGGAUGUUGCACUUAGCACUUCAGGGAAAAGAGGAGCAAAACAUUCAAUUUGAGAUGAAAACUCAUGGUUCUCAAAGAGAUAGUGGACCAGUCAGUUUGGUUGUGAAUGCAUGUUCAAGCAGGGAUCUCCGAGAAAAUGUUGUUGGUGUGUGCUUUGUGGCUCAAGAUAUCACUAGCCAUAAGAUGGUCAUGGACAAAUUCACUCGGAUUGAGGGAGACUAUAAAGCAAUUGUGCAGAACCCAAACCCACUAAUCCCCCCAAUAUUUGGUACAGAUGAAUUUGGUUGGUGCUCUGAGUGGAAUCCGGCGAUGGCAAAGUUGUCUGGCUGGGAGCGGGAAGAUGUUAUUGAUAAGAUGUUAUUAGGUGAGGUUUUUGGGACCCACAAGGCUUGCUGUCGUCUCAAGAAUCAAGAGGCUUUUAUAAAUCUUGGGGUUCUUCUUAAUAAUGCAAUGACAAAUCAAGAAACUGAGAAGGUUUCAUUUGGUUUCUUUGGGCGGAAUGGAGUUUAUGUGGAUUGCCUGCUCUCUGUGAGCAAGAAGCUGGACGGAGAGGGUACAGUCACUGGAGUUUUUUGUUUCUUGCAGAUUGCCAGUCAAGAGCUGCAGCAAGCACUUCAUGUGCAGCGUCUGUCAGAGAAAACUGCAUUGAAUAGAUUGAAGUCAUUGGCAUACAUGAAACGACAGAUCAAGAAUCCUCUUUCAGGGAUUAUAUUUUCUCGGAAGAUGAUGGAAGGAACUGACUUGGAUGAAGAACAGAAACAGCUUCUGCAUACCAGUGCACAGUGUCAACGCCAGCUGAACAAGAUUCUUGAUGACACAGAUCUGGAGAGCAUCAUGGAUGGAUGUUUGGAUCUUGAAAUGAUUGAGUUUACUGUACGAGAUGUUUUGGUUGCUUCCAUUAGUCAAGUCAUGAUUAAGAGCAAUGCAAAGAAUAUUCAAAUUAUUAAUGAUUCAUUGGAGGAUAUCUUGAUUGAACGACUUUAUGGAGACAGUCUAAGGCUUCAACAGAUACUGGCUGAUUUCUUUUCGAUUUCUGUUAAUUUUACACCGACUGGAGGCCAGCUAAUACUUGCUACCAGUUUGACUAAGGAUCGAUUGGGAGAAUGUGUUCAUCUUGUGCAUCUGGAGCUCAGGAUAAUUCAUACGGGUGGUGGAAUACCAGAAGAGUUACUCAGCCAGAUGUUUGAAAGCAAUGGUGAUGCAUCAUCAGAAGAGGGUGUCAGCCUUCUUUUCAGCAGGAAACUUUUGAGGCUCAUGAAUGGUGAUGUCCGGUAUCUGAGAGAAGAAGGCAAGUCAACUUUCAUCAUAACCGUUGAACUUGCCUCAGCCCAAAAACCGCAUAGGUCAAACAGUUCUCGAGGUGAAUAGUAUCGUCAACUGAUUUGUACAGCUAAAGAAGAGUGUUGAAUGACUUGUUGUUACCUGUAGUCAUCCCAUCUCGUCUACGGCUUUUUGCUGUGUCAAUCAUUUGCCAUUUAUCUUUAUCUUUUAUUUUUCCUUGUUUCUCUACCCCGUCUAUGGAUGGGCAGGCGAUGAUGGUGAUUACAUUGGUUGGCGAGGCCUGAGGGGAGGUCAAACAAACACUCACAGGGCCAAAUAAGCAAGCUGGCAUCAUCUAAUUCAACUCUAUUCUGGGAUCAGUAGUCCUUUAAGGCUUUGAUCUUGCCUUUUCCUUUUCUCCCCUUAACCACUCUUUUUUGGUUGGAGGGGGUUCUUCUAAGUUCUAUCAUUGUUGUAUUAUUAACUAUUUUAGUCAGAGAUGAUUUUGUUUCCUUAUACGCUUGUAUUUCCUUCUCACAUUCCCAUGGAAAGAACAGGUGUUGUUGCAUGACA